AUGGAUGUCUUUUUAACCGGUUUUCCCAAAAGGCUUUUGGUAGCUCUAUCGUUGUUCGUGAUCCUGAUGAUGUGCGCGAUGCCAGUCGAGAGCCGGGCGGUGGAGCACAAGAGGCGGCACCAGAGGAGGCAGCCGGAGAACGUGGCGCAACUCGCCAGGGACCCGCAAACGCCCAGACGGCCGAAGAACCCGAGCGUGGAGCAGUACAAGAACGCGACCAGGAAGAUCAUGAAGAAGCUGAAGAACACGCGGCGGUUCUUCAACCAGGAGAGGAAGGUGCUGAACGAGUCGCGGGAGUACCGAGAUGGGAUGCCGGACUGGCUGCCGGCGGUCAACUUCGUCGAUAUACAUUUCCAUGAUUACAAGAUGGCGCGGAAGGUUGGAGGAUCAAUCUGGGAGAGGAAGUGCGAGUGCGCAUCAUUCGGGGCGAUAAUAAAGCGCGGCGACUCCACAAUUGCCGACGAUGGCCGCUUUCACGGCGAGCGUUCGGCU